AUGGAACAAAUUACAGAAGAACAAAAACAAGCGAUUUCUAAAAAGAACAUCUUCAUCUUUGAACUCAUUGGCACAUUCUUUUUAGUGUAUAUAAGUGUAUGCAGUCAGUAAUACGAUUAAAUAAAAUUAGGAAUGAAGCAUAUCAAGUAGCAUUGGGAUUAUUUGGAUGCAUGCUUGUAUUUGGUAGAUUGAGUGGAGGCCAUUUCAAUCCAGCAAUAACAUUGGCUAUGGCUUUGGGUGGAGGAAUUCCCUAUGGCACAAUGUUCUUCUAUUUCCUCCCUUAAUUUUUAGGAGCAUUUGCUGGGGCUGCAUUGUCAUUUUUGUUAUUGAAUAUGGACAAAGCUCCAUAUAUAGAAGAGUAACAAAUUUACAAUAAGUUAGUGAACCUAUAAAGGAAUUGGCUGCAUCAUUAUUUGGAGAAUUGAUUGGAUCAACAAUCUUUUUGAUUUUCACUCUAAUUUGCUUUGUUAAAGAGACUCGAUUAUCUGAAAAUAGAAUAGCCACAUUAGUCAUGCUAUCAUGUAUAUACUAUGCUUGCAGAGAGUAAAAAUGCUGAAUAUUUCGAUAGAUACACAAUUACAUCUAGCAAUAGUUUGCUUAAUCCAGCUGCUGCACUGAGUUUGACUGUCUUUGACUGUUUAGCUAAGAGUUGGGAUUAGAUGAUUAAUAUGUGGAUUUACGUGGGGGGACCAAUCGGGGCGGCAAUUUUGGCAACAAUGUUUUAUUCACAAUUAUACCACUCAGUUACGCAUAGAAAAUGAAUUUU